UCCCAUUCGAAGAUGAAGACACGUAGUCAUGGAAUCCUACUUGACCAUACUGUGCUACUAGUGGGUGAUGUGGCCAGUAUUUGAACCCAGAUGCUGUGCUUGACUCCGUAGUCCGCUCCGCCUCUGUGUGUGCUGCUCCCACGCAGCCCUCAGAUCUGGCUGCGCUGUGAGCUGUGAGGAUCUGGUUUAGGUCUCAACAAGAGAAACCUUGUCCUCGUUGUAGGUCUCAGUGUUGGUGUUCUCUGUGUUCUCUGUGGGAACUGUAUCCUCCAUUCUUCCGAUUGGCUAUUGUUUCCUCGGGAUUCUCUUCCUGCCAGGGAUGGCUCUUAGUUUCUCUCUACUACUGUGUCCUUGUUUCUUAUUUAUCGUUGUCGCUUUUAUAGUGUGCUGUUUUGAAAUAGGUGAUCAUUUUCAAAUGUAUUUGUGAUAAAAAGGAAGCCAUUUUGUUGUCCAUUGUCUGAGGUAGAAUCACUGCUGUUAGUAACUUUUGGGUUUGUUGGAUUGCUACAUGUUGCAUGUCGUCUGAGGUCUAUGAAAUCCUUUGUAGACACAUUGUAAUGCAGUUCUCUUAUGCCUAACAGUAUUUGCAUUCAUAUUCUACUUAGUGGGUUCAAAGUGAAAAUGUUGUUUUCCUCUCAGGAAUAAUUCCUACUUAUUUGUAAAAGUGAGAAGAUUGGAUAAUAUAACCUUUUAAGGGCUCUCUCAGCUGAGCACUGAAAUUCCAUGAGUCUGUAAUAGUUUCAGAACAGGAAUAUGAUUAAAUAUUAAGGGUUUUGCCUGAUGGAGUUAGAGAAUGGCACAGGUGCUUCCUCUCUAUCCCUUUUCCUCCUCGCUGCAAAACAGUGCACAUAGGGAAUUUGUACCCGUUUGGCUAAGAGAGAAAGUAUCCCUAUAUUUGUAAAAUGUAUAUAAAAUUAAAAUCUCUUUUAUUAGUAGCUUGUCAAUAUUAGGUCACUAAAAUCAGAGAUCUCAAAUUGUGAUUCCUAUGAAUGAAUUUUGAGUAGCACUGAACUGUUGACAUCAUUUCUUGUCUGAACACUAAGUUUCUCCCCAAAAUUCCUCCCUUCCAUGAUAAUAUGUUUUGUACUUCUAAUGCUCAUUGUGAUGAACUCAGUUACACUUUUUAGUGAUUUUUUUUGUUUCGUGAGUUAAUGACCUUUGUGUAUAUUUGAGUGUAAAUAGACAAGGCUUGGUGCUCAUCUGAUGGGUUAGUGGGCCCUGGGACCUCCAAGUGUUCUGUAGUUUAGGAGUCACUGGCUUAAAACAGUGUGCUUUUGUUUCAAAUGUAAACUAUCUCUAGUAUUUACUUUUUAAAAAUGACAUUUUGGUAGCCUCGUUUUAUUAGUUUAGGUCAAGAUUAGCCAUAGCAAGUCGGCCAAGAUCCCCUAUUCCCACAGGUCCUAAUGAAGUAUUUUAUGGAUUGACAAUGUUUUGAAAGCAUUGGUUUAGCUCUCUUGGUAUUUAUUUGUACUGUGUACUAGGGUAAUUUGCGACAUGUGGUCAACUAUGUCUAUAUUAGAAAAAUGAUCAACUUUAUUUUAAAUCCAUGUUGGGACAUUUCUGCUCUUUGUCUCCAACAUUCAGUUCCUUCAUUCUAUUUUAUCUUGCUGUCUAAUACUCCGCCCCCUUCCAAUUUUAAGUGUUGAAACUUCAGGGUUACCAACACUGACUUUUUGAUCUACUCAUUGAAAAGAGACUAAAUGGGCUUUGAAGAUCUAGUUGUGAGUGGGUGACCUUGACUAGGUAAUUUAAGCUUUCUGAGCCUCAGUUUCAUCUUGCUUAGGGUUGUGGGCUUGUGAUGUGUAUGGAGAGCCUAACACUGUGUCAGGCUUGUAAAAGAUACUUAGUCACUGUCCGUUCCCUUCUCCUCCCCCUUCCUGCUCAAAUUGUUUUCUUCCCUAGACUUCUGAAAAGUUUUUGGGACGUCUCCUUUGGGCUCUGUCCUUCCUCCUGUCCUUUAAACUGUAAGUCUGCCUUAGUUUCAGUUCUGGAUGUCUGGUUUUCUACCUUAAAUGCACUCAUGUGUUCGUUAGAACUUCUUUCUAAAUGAUACACAAGCUCAGGUGACAUAGACCUCUCUAAUAGAAGAUCCCUCUGUUAAAUAUCUUGCUUUCUUCUAAAACAGUAGUUCUUAUAUGUGGAAAGUGAUGGCCAUUGCAUUCUUGGCUUACACCUUCUUAUAGGACAUAAUGAAACACAUUAAAUUCUAUUGUAUAGUCUGAGAACAAGUGGACCAGCUGAAGAUUAGUAUGUUAUUUCUGUAACAUGAAAUUAGUUUUCUGAGACAAACAAGUACAGAUCCCCCAUAAGUAUGUUUGUAUAUAUAAGUUGGUUAUUUCAGAGAAUUUAAUGAGAAAAGUUAAAGUUGAGAAAACUCCGUUAAGCUUUUGUUCCAGGUUGGUGGUAGAUACUUUGCUCUCACUCCUAGGAGUAUAGGUGGGAAACCCCAGCCCCAGACGUACUUGUUUGCUCCUAAAUAGGCGCUUCCCCCAAGACCUCUGUAACUUAUCUUUCAGGCUUCUGGCUCAGCUUGUGAUUCCAUUUUCUUGUCUUAACUCUGUCCUUCAGCUCAUGCUUUUUAUAUAUAUUCUUCCUUCCAUUUUGAGGUUUUGUUUAAACCUGUUCUUAGGGAUUCUCCUUCCUAAAGACCUGGGACUCAACACCCCCUUCUUUGUCUUCACAUCCUGCUGUGUGGCAUGUAGGCUCUCUCCUGGCCUGCUGUGGCAGUUCCUGUGUUGUCUUCUCUGCUUUGGUAUCAGUGUGCCAGUGUCUUUCACGCCUCCCUGGGUGUGAGUACACCGUCCAGAAGAUCCUGGUCCACCAGUGAUUUCUUCCUUGAGACUCAGCUCCAUUGUCGGCUUCGUAACCUCUCUCCCUCGACAAAGUUCAGCAUUUCCUUUAGUUCCCACGGCAUUUUGUGGACACACUCAUGCUGUGAUUUACAUCCUUUGCCGUCCUUUCUAUCUUAAUUUGAAUUUUUGGGGAUUAGAGACUAUGUCUCCUUUUUGCCAGACAUGCAGCAGGUUGUUCAUAAACAUUGAAUGAAUGGAUCUGGUAGAAGAUGUUGGUUUAUAUUUAAGAGAGUUAAUUGUCAUUUUAAGUUUUUUAUGUAAAUAUUUAAUAUUUUGUUUUAAAGAUGGUGGAACCAGGGCAAGAUUUACUGCUUGCUGCUUUGAGUGAGAGUGGAAUUAGCCCGAACGACCUCUUUGAUAUUGAUGGCGGAGAUGCGGGGCUUGCAGCGCCAACACCUACCCCUUCAGUUCACCAGUCAGUGCCACUUAGUACAUUAGAACUAGGUUUGGAGACUGAAGCAGCAGUUCCUGUUAAACAAGAACCAGAGACGGUACCUACUCCAGCACUGUUAAAUGUUAGGCAGCAGCCUCCUUCUACGACAACAUUUGUGCUGAAUCAAAUAAAUCAGCUUCCGACCUUGGGAUCUACCAUUGUAAUGACUAAAACACCACCUGUAACAACGAACAGGCAAACCAUCACUUUAACAAAGUUUAUUCAGACCACCGCAAACACGCGCCCUUCUGUCUCAGCACCAGCAGUACGAAAUGCUGUGACCUCCGCACCUUCCAAAGACCAAGUUCAACUAAAGGACCUUCUGAAAAACAACAGUCUGAAUGAACUCAUGAAACUGAAGCCACCGGCUAAUAUUGCUCAGCCGGUUGCAACCGCAGCUACUGAUGUAAGCAAUGGUACAGUAAAGAAAGAGUCGUCCAAUAAAGAAGUAGCACGAAUAUGGAUAAAUGACAUGAAAAUGAGGAGUUUUUCCCCGACCAUGAAGGUUCCUGCUGUGAAAGAGGAGGAUGAACCAGAGGAGGAGGAGGAGGAGGAGAUGGGUCACGCAGAGACCUACGCGGAAUACAUGCCCAUCAAACUAAAAAUUGGGCUACGUCACCCAGAUGCUGUGGUGGAAACUAGUUCUUUAUCCAGUGUUACUCCUCCUGAUGUUUGGUACAAAGCAUCCAUUUCUGAAGAAACCAUUGACAAUGGCUGGUUAUCAGCAUUACAACUUGAGGCAAUUACAUAUGCUGCCCAGCAACAUGAAACAUUCCUACCUAAUGGAGACCGUGCUGGCUUCUUAAUCGGCGAUGGUGCUGGUGUGGGGAAAGGAAGGACAAUAGCAGGAAUCAUCUACGAGAACUAUUUGUUGAGUAGGAAAAGGGCGUUGUGGUUCAGUGUUUCAAAUGAUUUGAAGUACGAUGCUGAAAGGGAUUUGAGAGAUAUUGGAGCAAAGAACAUUUUGGUCCAUUCAUUAAAUAAGUUUAAGUAUGGAAAAAUUUCUUCCAAACACAACGGGAGUGUAAAAAAAGGUGUCAUUUUUGCUACAUAUUCUUCCCUUAUUGGUGAAAGUCAGUCUGGUGGUAAAUAUAAAACGAGGUUAAAACAGCUUCUGCACUGGUGCGGCGAUGACUUUGACGGAGUGAUAGUGUUUGAUGAAUGUCAUAAAGCAAAAAACUUAUGUCCUGUUGGUUCUUCAAAGCCAACCAAGACAGGCCUAGCAGUUUUAGAGCUUCAGAACAAGUUGCCAAAAGCCAGAGUUGUUUAUGCUAGUGCCACUGGUGCUUCUGAACCACGAAACAUGGCCUAUAUGAACCGUCUUGGAAUAUGGGGUGAGGGGACUCCAUUUAGAGAAUUCAGCGACUUUAUUCAGGCAGUGGAACGGAGAGGUGUCGGUGCCAUGGAAAUAGUUGCUAUGGAUAUGAAGCUUAGAGGAAUGUACAUUGCUCGACAGCUGAGCUUCACCGGAGUGACCUUCAAAAUUGAGGAAGUUCUUCUUUCUCAGAGCUACGUGAAAAUGUACAACAAAGCAGUGAAGCUGUGGGUCAUCGCCAGAGAGCGGUUUCAGCAAGCCGCGGAUCUGAUCGAUGCUGAGCAGCGAAUGAAGAAAUCCAUGUGGGGCCAGUUUUGGUCUGCUCACCAGAGGUUUUUCAAAUACUUGUGCAUAGCAUCCAAAGUGAAGAGGGUUGUUCAGCUAGCUCGAGAGGAAAUCAAGAAUGGAAAGUGUGUGGUAAUCGGUCUGCAGUCUACAGGAGAAGCCAGGACACUGGAAGCCUUGGAAGAGGGCGGGGGAGAGCUGAAUGAUUUUGUUUCAACCGCCAAAGGAGUGCUGCAGUCACUCAUUGAAAAACAUUUCCCUGCUCCGGACAGGAAAAAGCUUUAUAGUUUGCUGGGAAUCGAUUUAACGGCUCCAAGUAACAACAGUUCACCAAGAGAUAGUCCUUGUAAAGAAAAUAAAAUAAAGAAGAGGAAAGGUGAAGAAAUUACUAGAGAAGCCAAAAAAGCACGAAAUGUCGGUGGCCUUGCUGGUAGCAGCUCUGAUGACAGCGGGAGCGAGUCGGACGCCUCUGGUGAUGAGGAGAGUGACUGUGAGAGCUCGAGGAACAUGAGCUCCGGAGAUGACGAUGACUUCAACCCCUUCAGAGACGAGUCCAGUGAGGACGCCGACGACGAUCCUUGGUUAAUCAGAAAAGAGCACAAGAAAAACAAAGAUAAAAAGAAAAAGAGAAGUGUAGACCCAGACUCCAUCCAAAGUGCCUUACUAGCGUCAGGUCUUGGAUCAAAGCGACCCAGUUUCUCGUCCACCCCGGUAAUCUCGCCGGCUCCUAACAGCACACCAGCUAACAGUAACACCAACAGUAACAGUAGCCUUAUAACAAGUCAGGAUGCCGUGGAAAGGGCCCAGCAGAUGAAGAAGGACCUACUUGAUAAGCUAGAAAAAUUAGCUGAAGACCUCCCUCCUAACACCCUGGAUGAACUCAUUGAUGAGCUGGGCGGCCCUGAGAAUGUUGCUGAGAUGACUGGCCGCAAGGGGAGGGUCGUAAGCAAUGAUGAUGGAAGCAUAUCUUAUGAGUCUAGAUCUGAACUGGAUGUCCCUGUGGAAAUACUAAAUAUCACAGAAAAACAAAGAUUUAUGGAUGGAGAUAAGAAUAUUGCUAUCAUCUCAGAAGCUGCCAGCUCAGGUAUUUCAUUACAAGCAGAUCGGAGAGCCAAAAAUCAGAGGCGGAGGGUCCACAUGACUUUGGAGUUGCCCUGGAGUGCUGAUCGGGCCAUUCAGCAGUUUGGACGAACUCAUAGAUCAAACCAAGUUACUGCUCCUGAAUAUGUCUUUCUGAUUUCUGAGCUGGCAGGAGAGCAAAGAUUCGCAUCUAUUGUUGCUAAAAGACUUGAGAGUUUGGGGGCACUUACCCACGGUGACAGAAGAGCAACGGAAUCCAGAGAUCUGAGCAGGUUCAACUUUGAUAAUAAGUAUGGAAGAAAUGCAUUAGAAAUUGUCAUGAAAUCCAUUGUCAACCUGGAUUCUCCUAUGGUGUCGCCACCUCCAGACUACCCUGGGGAAUUCUUCAAAGAUGUUCGACAGGGACUGAUAGGAGUUGGCCUGAUAAAUGUAGAAGAUCGCUCAGGAAUUCUUACUCUAGAUAAAGAUUAUAACAACAUAGGGAAAUUCUUAAAUAGGAUUUUGGGCAUGGAGGUGCAUCAGCAGAAUGCGUUGUUUCAGUAUUUUGCAGACACACUCACCGCAGUUGUUCAAAAUGCCAAAAAAAAUGGAAGAUAUGAUAUGGGAAUCUUAGAUCUUGGUUCUGGAGAUGAGAAAGUGAGGAAAAGUGAUGUUAAGAAGUUUCUGACUCCAGGAUAUUCAACCUCUGGUCAUGUGGAGUUAUACACGAUCAGUGUAGAGAGGGGGAUGUCCUGGGAGGAAGCCACCAAGAUUUGGGCUGAGCUGACAGGACCAGAUGACGGCUUUUACUUGUCACUGCAGAUAAGGAACAACAAGAAGACUGCCGUCUUGGUCAAAGAGGUGAACCCCAAAAAGAAGCUGUUCCUAGUCUACAGACCAAAUACCGGGAAACAGCUCAAGUUAGAAAUUCAUGCUGAUCUGAAGAAGAAAUAUAAGAAGGUGGUCUCGGACGAUGCCCUGGUUCACUGGUUAGAUCAGUAUAAUUCAUCUGCAGACACUUGUACUCAUGCUUACUGGCGUGGCAAUUGCAAAAAAGCAAGCUUGGGAUUAGUUUGUGAAAUAGGUCUUCGUUGCCGCACGUAUUAUGUAUUAUGUGGCUCAGUGCUGAGUGUCUGGACAAAGGUCGAGGGUGUUCUGGCAUCUGUCAGCGGCACAAACGUGAAAAUGCAGAUAGUUCGGCUGAGGACAGAGGAUGGACAGCGGAUCGUAGGUUUGAUCAUCCCCGCAAAUUGUGUGGCUCCUCUUGUGAAUCUCCUGUCCACUUCAGACCAGUCCCAGCAGCUUGCGGUCCAGCAGAAACAGCUCUGGCAGCAGCGCCACCCCCAGAGCAUCGCCAGCUUGAGCAAUGCUUAAGAACAGACAGGUUUCAACAUGGAUGUAUCUGAGAUGCUGGGGACGCAUAUCAUUUGCAUAAAAAUCAGGGACAGUUUCCAAAGAAUUAUAAUUUUUUCAGUUGUGCUCUCUCGUUGAUUUUUUGGGAAAAAGGAAAAACGUGGAAUAGACAGUGAAACUGAAGAUCAGCAGUGCCGACUGGGGACAUUUGUCUUUCCUUCGCUCUGCCCAUGGUACUUCCCAUAUGCUCCUGCUUUGGGGGAGCAGAGGGGUGUGUGUGCGUGUGUCCGUCUGUUUGUUUGUUUGUUUAUGAGUUUGUUCAAGGCUACGAACCACAAUUGGUUUAAAAAUGCUUGGAACUUCCCAAACCGGCUUUACUUAAUGUUCACAGUGCUCAGGGUUCGCGCAGGACAUCCGUGCCGUGGCUGUGGGAGUUCUCCGGGUGCAUGUGUUUGGGUCUAUAAAUAGAAAAUAUAUAUUGGUUUCUUUUCCAACUUACUCAACACUAGGUUUAUUCAAGCAUGAAGUGAGAGGUUGCACAUGGCACAUUCAGGUUCUGUCCUCGUUUAUGUCUGACAGUGCAUGUCCUGGAAGCAUGCGUGAGCAAGACUAACAGACGUCAUGUGACGGAGAGAGGUGCAGGUGCAUAGCCUCGGUCACUGCGUUUUAUGAUGUUUAUACCUGGGCAUCGCUUCUGACCCUGGGACCCUCCCCCAAUCCUCCCUGCCCUAGGUUCCUUGUUAAGGUGAUAAAUACAUUUUUUUGUGAUAAAACUCAUAAAAAGUUAAGUUUAAUGUAUUAAUAGUAUUCCUAAUGAGUGCUGCAAGAACGGCUACAAGCCUGCUUUUCUCAAAAUUCCAUUUUCCUUAACUUAAGAUAGUUUUAGAAAGAAGGACAACUCGGCUUCCAUUUUACAAAUCGUCUUUUUUUUUUUUACUUAAUUAUAUUAAUAUGUUGGUCACUCAUGAAAAGGCACCGUACUUGAGCUGUAAAGUAGAUGGAGGAAACACUGAGGCUUCUGCUGUAUGUUUAUUUCUCGUUAUUGUUGUUACCCAGUAACUUGAAUAUUGUUUAAUGUGUUGUAAGACAUUGUAGAGUUUAUCUCAAGCUGUUAAAAAUGGUAAUGUACAAAUGUGAAUAGACACUUAUCUAUAACAUGGGUAAGUUUUGUUUCGCCUAUAAUAGAUGUUUUAUAAAAACAAGUGAGGGGACAGAUGGUCUUUUGUUUCCUUUUUUCCUCCCCUCUUCCUUUGCUUGCGCAGGUUGCACUGUUGAGAUUGUAUAAACCUGGUCAAAAGCUGCAAGAUACCACCAUCCUGCAGAUGUCAAAUAAACGCUGUUAUCCUAACCA